GGGCGCCCUGCUCCUGCUGCGCCGAGAGGACGCGGGGCCGGGGGCCGGCUCUAGCAUGGCCGAGACUGAGGCACUGCCGAAGCUUCGGGAAGACUUCAGGAUGCAGAAUAAAUCUGUCUUUAUUCUGGGCGCCAGCGGGGAAACCGGUAGAGUGCUCUUAAAAGAAAUCCUGGAACAGAACCUGUUUUCCAAAGUCACACUCAUUGGCCGGAGGAAGCUCACCUUCCAUGAGGAGGCUUAUAAAAAUGUGAAUCAAGAAGUGGUGGACUUUGACAAACUGGAUGACUACGCGUCUGCCUUUCAAGGUCAUGAUGUUGGAUUCUGUUGCCUGGGUACCACCAGAAAAAAAGCUGGGGCGGAAGGGUUUGUUCGUGUUGAUCGUGAUUAUGUCCUGAAGUCUGCAGAGCUGGCAAAAGUUGGAGGGUGCAAACAUUUCAACUUGCUGAGUUCUAAAGGAGCUGAUAAAUCGAGCAACUUUUUAUAUCUGCAAGUUAAGGGAGAAGUGGAAGCCAGGGUUGAAGAAUUAAAAUUUGAUCGUUACUCAAUAUUUAGGCCUGGAGUUCUGUUAUGUGAUAGGCAAGAAUCCCGCCCAGGUGAAUGGUUGGUUAGGAAAUUCUUUGGCUCCUUACCAGAAUCUUGGGCCAGUGGACAUGCUAUACCUGUGGUGACCUUGGUUAGAGCGAUGCUGAACAAUGCAUUAAGACCAAGCGACGACAAGAAGGAACUGCUGGAGAAUAAAGCCAUCCUUGACCUGGGGAAAGCCAGUGGCUCUCUCACGCCUUGACCACAUUGAGGAAUACUUUAUUGUAACACCUUAAAAGUCACCACCAAAUGAGUAAUACCAGGCUCUAAAAAACGUCAGCAUGCUUCCACUUCGUGGUUUUACUAUUCUCAGCAAUCCAGAUCCAAUCAAAAACUGAUUAUGCUAUGCAUCCGUGACUCAGAACUUGGCUGUAUAUAUACAUACAUCACCCAGGAGGCUUUUCAGAAGUAGUGAUUCAUAGGGCCUACCUCAAACCUUCUGAAUCAUAAUCUUUGAGGGGCAGGCACCAGAGAUCUAUUAUUUUGUUUUGUUUGAGCUUCCCCUGGUGGUUCUGAGGCUCCUGGCAGGAAGGCUAGAUUUCAAAAGCUUGUCUGCGGAGACACAGCAGCAGCGUGAACCUUGUGUACUGUGCAGAUGAGCUCUGUUCUAAAAUUGUUUACAUUCAUGUCUGAGUUACCCAGUGCUGACUGCUUCUAUUUGUGUAAGUGAACACUGUGCCUUAACACUUCUUUAGAGUAUAUAAUAAAAGUUGUUAUAACUAAGCCUAUAAACUUCAUGGGAGAAUUAAAUAGAAAAGUAAAAACAAAUAGCUAAGUCUUGGAUGUCUCUUAAAUUUUAGAAAAUGCCCAAGCAUCAGUGGAAAUAUGUAGUAUUUUGGUCAAGGGGAUGGUACUAUUGCAGCUAUCAUUUACCCAGUGUGUGCCAAGUGCCAACCGUUAUACAUGCGGUUCUCUGUCUUAACCCUCCAAACAACCCUUAUGAGGUAGAACUAUCAUCCCCAUGCUUUAGAGGGGGAAACUGAGACUCAAUGUGGUUAAGUGCCUUGCUUGAGAGUUCAAAGUUGAAGAUCUGAAACUAGGAAAUGGCAGGGCAAGAUUCUAACACAGAUCAGCUUGUAGUUUUGACCACUCUGCAAAAGUAGCCAGUCUCUGCAUGCUUUUAGGAAGCUCCAAGCAAUUGUUAUUGAGUCAGUGUAUGAUAUAAAUGAAUAAAAUGAAAAUAUUUGGGUUUCUCCAUGGUCUAGGAUCCCUAUGAUUAACCA